AUGUAUUCAAAUGCAUCUACUCAAUUUGCUACAACACCUGCGUCAGUUUCUGAUGCUGAUAUAACUGGUCAACAACAAACUCAUUUUAAUCUAUUAAAUUUUAUUGGUACAGCUGCAGUUGGAUUGAUAGCACCUACACCAAUUAAAAUUUCAAAUAAUAAUAUAAAUACUAAUGAAAAUGAAUCAUUAUCUCAAACAGAUGAAAUUUCACAAAAAACAAUUUUAUUAGAAAAUCUUUACAAGACUGUAUCACUUCGUGAAAAAAAUGUAUUACAAUUAUAUGAUACACGAAAAAGUCAAAAACGUUUAUCUGAUUCUAUUUUAGCACAUCAAAAACAUUUAUCAAUAAUAAAUAAUAAUAUCAAUUCACAUUUACAACAACCACAACAACAAAUACAGAAUAAAUCUAUUUUUCAACAUGAUCAAAAUAUAAAUAAUAAUACAUUAACUCGUCAUGCUUCAUUACGUUAUAGAAGAACAUCAACAACACUUCAAACAAUACAUCAACAAUCUUCUACAAUGGCUCAACGUGAACCUCAAAAAAUUUUUAUUAUGCGUCAUGGUGAAAGAGUUGAUUCAACAUUUGGUGCUAAUUGGCUUGAUCAAGUAUUUGAUAAAAUGACAGGUGUUUAUCGAAGAAUUAAUUUAAAUUUACCAAAAAAAUUAGUUAAACGAAAAGAUAUAAAAGAUUUUAUAUUUGAUCCACCAUUAACUGAAUUAGGUUUACAUCAAUGUAAAACAGUUGGUGAAGAACUUGUUGCUCAAGGUAUUAAAAUUGAUCAUGUUUAUUCAUCACCUGCCUUACGAUGUGUACAAACAGCUGAUAAAAUUCUUGAAGGUCUUCAAAUGCGUGAUAAAAUAUCAAUACGUAUUGAACCAUGUCUUUUUGAAUUUCUCAAAUGGUAUCCUAUUGUACCGGUAAUAUGGCCUUUUCUUGAUUUAGAUGAAUUAACUCAAAAUGGAUAUAAGGUUGAUAAAUCUUAUCAACCAUUUUAUCCAAUGGAAAGUCUUAGAAAAGAUGAAGACGAAUUAAUGUUUUAUACAAGAAGUCAUUUUAUAACAAAAGCGAUUUUAAAAAAUCAUGAAAUUGAUGGAGGAAAUUUACUUAUUGUGGGACAUGCACCGACAAUUGAAGUAUGUACUCGACAAUUAAUCGGUGGUCAACCUCGGAUAAAUGAUUUGAAAUAUCUUGUUUUACGUGUACCAUAUCUAUCAAUGCAUUGUGUUGCUAAACAAAUUGAUGGAACAUGGAAAUCAACAAAACCACCGAUUUUACCAAAUAAAUAUGCAGCAGUUGAACCAUUUGAAUGGAGAUUUUUUCGAUAA